GAAUGAUUCCAGACUUCGAGAAGCCCAGCUUUACCCAUCUUACCCAUCUUACCCAGAGCUACCUUACCUACCUACCCUUCCUAGUGUAGUAUAACCUAGUGUAGGUAGUGUAGGUAGGUAGUGUAGGUGUAGGUACGUCAAAGGUUCGCGGCCAUGAUCCCAGCUAGGUGCGGCAACUGUGCGGGCUGAGAGCUGGCAUGAAAGAUGCCAUGACUCCAUGAGUAAGAGAAGGGGAGAAGCUGUUGUGGGACUUUCAAUUUCCAUGUAUUCCCAUGUAUUCCCCUUCAUUGCCUUCAUUGCCUUCAUUGCUCCCCCGUUGUUGCGCUGUAAUUCAGCGGUGUGUGUAACAAGCGUGGGACGGGAAAAAGACACGAUGGAUGAUAACUAUGCACAAUGUGUUAAAAAGAAGGGACCUGAAGUGGCAUUCAUUGUUCUGACAGGUUUUGGCGUUUGGCGUUUGGCGUUGGUGUUGGUAUUGGCAUACGAAAGUGCUGGGGAAAGGUGAGGAAAAUGCAUUUGAGAAGAAGAAAAAGAAUUAAUU